AUGAACUUUGAUGCCCUCAAAUUCUACUUCGGCACAUUCAAGGGCUUUGUCAACGCUGAUUGGGCUAAAGACACCAAAGACCAAAAACCAGCCUCCAGAUACUGCAACUUUCUAGGCAAAUCACUGAUCUCUUGGACGAUCAGGUGUAUCGGUCAGGACGAUUUUCAUAAAAGCAUUGGCGAGGACAAAAUUUUAUCAGCCAAGAUGAUCAAGAUGAUUGAAGUAGAUGAUGAUCAUAUCGUCCAGGACGAUAUGGGAUCGUCCGGUACGAUGAAGUUCAGCAAGGUGAAGGCUUUCAUAAAUCCAGAUGAAGUUGAUGAAUGGCUGUUAAGUAAUCCCUUGCGUUGCCCUGGUGCAUUGCACUUUGUGGAGAAAAACUCAACGAUUAUAAGUUAUGGUCUUCAGACUAAUUCCACUUCUAUGUUGAAGAGAGGGAACUCUGAGGAUCCAACAUUCAAGUUCCAAAUUCCUCUUCAGGUUGCUGCAGAGCGUGAAAUUGCAAGGAGUUUGCUUGGAGAUCCCAGCUUUGAAUGGGUUGUUGGAUUCAAAGAAUUUGCUCACCCUGCUACAGAAACAUUUUCUGUUGUUGGGGAAGCUGGAGCAACGUUUUUCCUUGCAGUUGCCAUGUUUGGAUUUGUAAUUCAAACAAGUUCUUUUGUUACAGAGAAGGAACUUAAGCUUCGUCAGGCUAUGUCCAUUAUGGGUCUCUAUGAAUCUGCCUAUUGGUUGUCUUGGUUUACCUGGGAAGCUUUUCUUACGCUUAUUGCUUCUCUUUCCACGGUACUGUUUGGGAUGUUGUUUCAGUUCAGCUUUUUCCUACGCAACAGCUUUGCAAUCCUCAUCCUUGUAUUCUUCAUGUUCCAACUUAAUAUGUUGAGUUUUGCAUUCUUGAUAUCAACUUUUGUAGACAAGUCAUCAUCAGCAACUACAGCUGGAUUUUCGAUAUUCAUAAUAGGCUUUUUGACACAACUUGUGACAACAUUUGGUUUUCCAUAUGCUGAGAACUACUCCAAAUUAUAUCGUUUCAUAUGGUCUUUAUUUCCUCCCAAUCUUCUUGCAAAAGCUCUUGAUAUACUUGUUAGUGCGACUGCCACACAUGAAGAUCCAGGGAUUCGUUGGCAUCGGCGAGGUUAUUGUACUUAUAAGGAACCUAACUGUGUAAUGACUAUUGAAAAUAUCUUUCAUUGGCUUAUCUCCACAUUCUUUUUGUGGUUUGCCUUGGCAAUAUAUUUGGAUAAUAUACUUCCAGAUUCAAAUGGUGUUAGAAAAUCAAUUUUUUACUUUAUGAAGCCUUCAUACUGGACUGGGAAAGGUGGAACUAGAGUGGAAGGUGACCUAUGCGGUUGUGCAAGCUCUAUUCCACCUAUAGAGUAUGUUUCUCCAGAUGAUGAGGAUGUUCUUGUAGAAGAAACAACUAUAAAACAACAAGUAGUUGAUAACAGUGUUGAUCCGAAUGUAGCUGUUACAAUACUUGGCCUUGCAAAAACGUACCCAGGAGCUACUAAACUUUGUUGUUGUAAAUGCAAGAGGUCUCCUUAUCAUGCUGUUAAGGGUAUUUGGGUCAAUAUAGCAAAAGAUCAGCUAUUUUGCCUUCUAGGACCCAAUGGAGCUGGAAAAACUACAGUUAUUAAUUGUCUGAUUGGUAUUACUCCAGUUACUGAUGGAGAUGCUUUGAUUUAUGGAAAUUCGAUUCGAAGUUCUGUUGGUAUGUCAAAUAUUCGAAGAACGAUUGGUGUUUGUCCUCAGUUUGACACUUUGUGGGAUGCAUUGACAGCAGAAGAGCAUCUGCAUCUUUUUGCUAGCAUUAAAGGUUUACAUCCUUCAAUUAUCAAAUCGGUAAGUGAAAAGUCUUUGGCUGAGGUGAACCUUACUAGUGCCUCUCAUAUACGAUCUGGAAGCUAUAGUGGAGGUAUGAAACGUCGGCUUAGCUUUGCGAUAGCCCUGAUUGGAGAUCCACAAAUGGUUUUCCUAGAUGAGCCGACCACUGGGAUGGAUCCUAUCAGCAGAAGACAUGUAUGGGAUAUUAUAGAAAAUGCAAAGAAGGGAAGAGCUAUUGUCUUGACAACCCAUUCUAUGGAGGAAGCUGACAUAUUGAGUGACCGCAUUGCCAUCAUGGCAAAGGGAAGGUUGAGGUGUAUUGGAACCUCUAUAAGGUUGAAGUCAAGAUUUGGAACUGGUUAUAUUGCUAAUAUUAGUUUUAUUGGAAGUACUCCUAUUGAUGCAGAAUGGGAAGCUGCACAUGAGCGUAAAGCUCAGCUUGUGAAGCAUUUCUUCAAACAUCAUUUAGAUGUGGAGCCAAAAGAGGAAAACAAAUCAUUUUUGACAUUUGUCAUUUCUCGUGAUAAAGAAAGGCUAUUGACGGACUUCUUUGCUGAGCUUCAAGAUAGAGAGGAUGAGCUUGGAAUCUCAGACAUUCAACUUGGUCUCACUACACUUGAAGAGGUUUUCUUGAACAUUGCAAAGCAGGCAGAGUUAGAAAGCGCAUCAGUUGAUGGGAGCAUGGUUUUGCUAAAUUUAUCAUCUGGACCUUCAAUACAGAUACCAAAAGGGUCAAGGUUUGUGGGGAUUCCUGGAACAGAUACAACAGAUAAUCCAAGAGGUUUAAUGGUCGAAAUCUACUGGGAACAGGAUGAUUCUGGUAAUCUCUGCAUCUCAGGACAUUCACCUGAAAUCUCUAUACCACCUAAUGUAAAAAUUCCGGAAAAUUAUCUCACUUCUAGUAGAAAUUCUCGGCGAGGAUCUUCAUCAAAGAUUGGAUUUGUCAUCCACCCAAAUCAAAUUCUAAAUAGAUGAUUUUGAACUGAUUAUUUAUUGCGAAGAAAUAAGGAUCCAUCAACAUUUUUUACUUAGAAAAAAUUUAAGUUUUUUGUUUUAGAU